AUGGAGGAAGAGCUCCAGCGCCUUGGAAUCCGUCGAGAUCACACGGCGCCUCGAUUUCCAGGAGAUUCUGGGGAUGUUUUCAAGAUCCUGGAUUGUUCUUCCAUCGCAGACACGGCGAUUCUUCGCCUAGAUUUCGAGGGAUCGAUCACAAUCAAGGACUGCAUUGCCGGUUUGAAGGCCUGCGGCAGCUCUGGCGAUCUCGAGCGAGGUAAGCAGCUCCAUCUUGCCGCAAGGGAGGCUGGAAUAGAUUCAAACAAGUUCGUUUCUACCGCGCUGAUCGUCAUGUAUGGUAAAUGCAGCAGCUCAAUGCGCGAGGCUCGCCAGAUCUUCGAUGGGAUGCUUCACAAGGAUGUAGCUGUGUGGAACGCUCUCAUCGCGGGAUACGUGGAGAAUGGUGAGAGUGAAGACUUUCGUGGCCGCGAUCACGGCUUGCAGCGAGCUAGCCUCCAGAGAAGAUGGUGCCAAGGGGAGAACUAG